AUGGCGUCUUCCUUCUUUCUCACUGCUUUCAUUCUCUUCCCUUUAGCCUUCGCUGCCAACUCCCCGCACUUUCCCUCCUUCAAACGCCUCUACCAGUUCGGCGAUUCCCUCGCCGACACCGGAAACUUAAUCCGCCUCCCCGGGCGCGGAGGCAGUGGGUAUUACCCCCCGGAACACCUCCCUUACGGACAGACCUUCUUCGGAAAACCCACAGGUCGGGUAUCCGACGGUCGUCUCAUCGUUGACUUCAUCGCCGCCGCUCUCAAGCUCCCGUUCCUUGAUGCCUACCUGAACGCCAACGGUUCAUUCGCUCACGGCGUUAAUUUCGCCGUCUCCGGAGCAACGGCGCUCGACGAGGACUUUUUUGCGAAGAGGAACAUUAACACCUCCAAUUUCAGACCGCCGAUUAGCAAGCAAUUGGAAUGGUUCGAGACGCACCUCAACUCUACGGGUGCACGCUCGGAAAGCCUGGAAGAUUCGCUUUUCAUUUUCGGUGAAUUUGGCGGGAAUGAUUACUUCCACUUCAUUCGCCAAGGAACUCCCCUCGAAGAAAUUAGGGCUAACGUACCUUACGUCGUCGCCGCAAUAAUUCACGGAAUUAAACGGAUCGUCCAUCUCGGAGCUAAGCGGAUCGUGGUUCCCGGCCCGUUCCCGUUCGGCUGCUUGCCGCCUCAACUCGCCUCUUCCAAUUCCUCCGAUCCGGCCGAUUACGACGGCUUUGGAUGCCUGAAAGCGCUCAACGCCUUCACUUCCUACCACAACGACUUUCUAAAACGCGCUCUGUUUUCACUCAAUCGAGAACUCUCCGGCGACGGCGUCGUGGUCGUUUACGGCGACUACGAAGGCGCUUUCCUUGAAAUUCUCCGGAAACCAUCUUCAUAUGGAUUCGAUAAGGAGUGGUUGAUUAAAGCCUGCUGCGGAGGGGGCGGGAAGUAUAAUAUCAACCCGACGAAACGUUGCGGAACCAAUGGUACUACCGUAUGCCCCCGCCCAGGCCACGCCGUCAAUUGGGACGGCGUUCAUCUCACCGAUGCAUCUUAUCAUCGAAUUUCUCAUAUUCUCAUUCAUCAGUCGAUCAGUAAGCUGAUAUAA